AUUUAUAAUAUUAGUAAAAUAAGAUUUCAACCUCAAGACGCCUUUAGACUUGGCUCUAAUAUUCUUACGGGCCCCUAAAACAGUUGAGAGCUUCGCAGAACGAAUAGUCACCAGUCACCAGACUAUAAAACAGCAGUGCACUCUAUUGUGUCAUCACAGACACUUGUGAAACGCUCCGCGAUACAUCAAAAUGUGCUCAGUAAUUUUAUAUUGUAUGAGCGCGUUGCUGGCUACCAGCUUCGCAGCGGAGAUGCAGUGGACCCCAUACAACAGCCUGCUGCAGCAGUACCAACAAGCUUCCUCACCAUUCCAGGAGGCAGCCUCUCAACAUGAUCAACAAUUCCAAGCCAGUGACUAUUCAGGCGGAUACGACUUCGGAGGCCACGGUGGAAGCCACGAUGGUGGAGACUAUGGCGGCCACGACUUAGGAGGACACGACUUCGGUGGACACGACCUCAAGGCUCACGUCUACCCAGUCCACCAACACGUCGAAGAAGAAAACCCUGAACCAAUCAAGCACUACAAAGAAAUUGUCGUCCCUCUGCCUAAGAACGUAGAGUUUAAAAUCAAUCAGCCAGUAAUCAUUCCUGUACCACACCCGAUUCCAAUUCAGGUCCCUGUACCGAAGGCCGUAGUGAUCCCCAUCAUCAAAGAAGUUUCUAUCCCCGUUGAGAAGUCUGUUCCCUACCCAGUGGAGAAGAUUGUUCAUGUACCAAAAGUCAAAGAAGUGCCUUUUGAAGUGGUGAAGCACAUUUUGGUUCCAGUUGAGAAGCCGGUGCCUUUCAAGGUCCCCGUUUAUGAAACUAUCAUCCAUACUAAGAAAGGACAGCACAAGAUUUAAAUAGAAAUAGUUUGGUACUAACACUCUUUGGAUGUGCAAAGGACCACUAAAAUUAUUGUAAAAGAAAAUUCGUUCCAUUUAGCUGCAAAAUAGAAAUAACUCUAGAUUCAACCAACGUCACGUAAAACCUCAUUGGUCCUUCUAUCCACAAUUGCAAAAUUGGUCCUUUGUCUCCAAGGAAUAAGAGAGACUGUCAAAAUUUUCCGAUAACUGUCCAGUUUAAUUCUUUAAAACAUUUGGACAUACAUAUCAUACUUUUAGCUUUUGAAAUAUCUAUUCUUUUAUUCGAGUUUUAAAGGAAAAGCAACUCUAAUGUUGUUUACACAAGGUCAGCGUUUACCAUUAAGUAAACAAAUAGGAAUUUGUUCGUUUAUUUUAAAAUAUUGAAGUUUUAUAUUUCAACCUACCGCCUUGUUAUGUUGUUGUAUUGUUGUUGUACUGUUGUUGUGUGUUGUUGUAUGGGUGUCUGUGUGUAUGUGUUGUAAAUAUUUUGUUGUUAUUUAGUUCUAAGGUGUAAUAAA